GAAAAAACAAUAAUAAAGCUUUUUCGGAAAGGGCACGAGACACAGCAGUUGCUACUAAUUUCUGAGCCUUGACGAUGAACAGCUGGGAUAUUUCCGCUUCCGUGUUUCAUAACAAUAUAGCUGCAGUUUGAAGGUGCACAGGUUGAGUGAAUGACGGGUGAUGGAGCUGUCUCAGAGGGACAGGCUGUCGGAGCUGGUGGAGGAGCUGACCACAUCAGGACAGCAGCAGCUCAAUCAGGACAAGAUGAAGGAAAUCAAGAAGAUCUGCAAAGUGUCUAAUGACUGCAUAGACCACGUUUACCACACGCUGAUGUCUCAGCUCAACCAAGAACACGCCGAGAUCAGACUGUCAGCCUUCCAGAUCACCAGCGAGCUCUUCACCAGGUCCCAUCACUUCAGAACCCUGCUGGUGGACAACUUCCAGGAGUUCUUGGAGUUGACCGUAGAGACGGACUCGGAGCUGCCUCUCCCUCCUCCUAAAGAAGUAGCCAGGAAGCUGAGGGCGCUGGCCAUCCAGACUGUCCAAUCGUGGCAGGCCUCUUAUGGGACAGCGUAUAAGAAGCUGGCAUUGGGCUACCACUUCCUCAAACAGGUCAAGAAGGUGGACUUCCAGGAUGCUGAGGCCAGGACUGUAACAGAGAGGAGGAGGGAGGAGGAGAGACAGAGGAAAAUGCAGAGGAUUUACAAGGAGAGAGUGGAGGCUGCCACCAAUGACAUGGAGGAGGCACAACAGGAUAUAGAGGCCACACUGACAGAGAUGGAUUCCUGUAUGAAGCUGCUGCUCCCUAGGUUUGACCACACAGAUGUCCAGACAACCGAAAGCAGCUCUUCAAACUCCCAACCGGCCGAUGAGCUCACACCUGACGAUGAACAGCCCUGCUGCAGCAAAGACCUGCAGGAUGACAAGAAAGAAGAGAAGACACAAGGGAUAGACAAAGGAGGGACAGAGGAAAAGGGGGACAACAGGGGGAGUAAAAAAGCAAAGGAAAAGAAGGAGAAAAGCUCUGAAGACGAGGAGGAAGAGCAGAAGAGAGAGAUGGAUGAAGGGCAGAGGGAGGGAGGGGAGGAAGAAGAAGAAGAAGAUGAUGAUGAUGAGGAAAGUAGUGAAGAAGAAGAGGAGGAGUCUCGUGAGUUGUUUAUUCGGAACUCUGGGCUCAUCUCUCAUUCAUAUAAUCUGGACCUGAACCUCAGUGCUGGUCUUCAUGUGAGCGAGACGGAGGAUAACGAGGCAGUAGUUUCCACGGUGAUAGACCUCCAUAAACUGAUAACAACCAAACACCUGCCAGCAGUGCAAGGCUGGGUCCAGGUCUUCACCAAGUCCGGUGCUGAGGAGCAGCUGCUGAGGAGAGCGCUGGAUCUGAAGAAGUCUUUAGAGGCCGCCCUGCAGAAACACAACGAGCUUCACAUCGACUACAAGACCAGGAUUCGAAAAGUGCUUAAAGCUUCUUCAGACGCAGAGGACAGCGAUGAUGAUGAUGAUGAUUUUGACGAGGUACCAGAGAAAGAAGGAUAUGAGCCACACAUUCCUGAGCAUCUCCGAGCCGAGUAUGGUUUGGAUCCCUCUCCUUCUACCUCAGCAGCGCCCGUCCCAAAAAAGACUCCUGUUAAAAGACCUGCUGCUCCAGCCCGGCCUCCAUCCUCCUCCUCCUCCUCCUCCGCCUCUUUCUCAACCAGGAGAUUGAAGAGACUUAUAGAACAGGAGGAGGAGGACCCAACCUGUGCUGCUGCCACGAUGCGCCUCCUCAGACAGAAGGUUCCUCUGCCAGCAGAGCCAGCACAGUCCAGCAGCACCUCCUCUGGUCCCAGUUCAUCCCAGUCCACUUCAGACCAGAACCCUGUGGAUGCUCCCGUGGUUCCUUUCGGUUUGGACCUGUACUACUGGGGUCAGGAGCAGCCCAACGCCGGCAAGAUCAUCAAGUCUGCCUCGGCGCAUCAGUUCUGGGUUCCCAUCAGCAUGGAGGAGGAGGUGGACAACGAGGAGAUGCUGGCAGAGAGCAAGAGCAGAUACAUCACCUUCCCAGGAAGAUUCAUUCCUGUCAGCCAUCACUGCAGAGCACCACUGCAAAACGGACAGCUGUGUCAGAGACAGGACCGGGUCAAGUGUCCUUUUCACGGGCCCAUCAUCCCACGAGACGACCAGGGUCGACCCAGCAGGGAGGAGGACCGACGCAGGGAGGAGAAGGAGGAGAGGAGGAAACUAGAGGAGCAGUCAGACUUAUGGGACGCAGAGAUGAUGCGAGAGAUCGAGCUGGCGACAGGAACGGACCUGGGUUCUGAAAGUCUGGGUAAAAAAAAGAAAGGGAAGAAGAAGAAAUACCCCAACCUGAGUGAUCUGAAGCAGAAUGCCAACACGGCUCGCUCCAGACUGGAGAAGAAGGUCUUCAACAAGGGCUCCAUGCGCAGAGUAGCAGACGCCUUGAGCAAAUCGGACCGCAGAAAACAUGAAAAGUUCUCCAACCAGUUCAACUACGCCCUCAACUGAGCUGCAGCUGGAGUGAGCCGCACCAAGUACUGAAGAAAGAACGCUUUUAAUUUAUUGUUUGUGAAACGUGACCGAUGAAAAG